UGGAGUCCUCAAGCAAAGGUGGCGAGUCCGUUCUAGUUCAGUCGUACAAAUGGAGUAACCAGGCAGGCAGAGUUCAAUUUUCUGUUUUACGAAAGUCCCCUUUUCUUUAAAUUCGGGUUUGCAAAUUUAUAGCCUGUACGUUGGCAGGCAUGGUGGGUUGGCCUUGUUUUGUUUUUGUUGUUAUUGUUGGUAGUGGUGUUUUGUCCGUCUGCUACUGCUUCUUCUGAUUUUGUUUGUUAUUGUCGCGAGAUGCCUGAAAAUGAACAGUUGAGUGCCCAAAUCGUUAAUAUUUUGCCUCGGGCAAUGGCACCGAGCGCAGGCAAAAGUUGCUAUAACACCAACUACAGGAACAGGAAUGUGAGAAUGCUGGUUGCCCACAAAAGAGCCACUAAGCAUCCACUAAUGAAGGAAACUGAUGGGGCCUUUUUCAUCGACGAUAAGGACUGUUACACCGAUGUCCUCGCUAAAAUGGCCUCGCACUGCAUGAAACCCGUGUCACGGAUUUUCUACAUAGACAGUGAUGAUGAUGAGCUGCCAAUUGACAGUGAUGUUGAAUUCAAAGAAGCCCUAAAGCUGAUUGGACAACGCACUGAUAAGGGCCGGUUUACAUCAAUGAGGAUUGAGACAGGGGAAUUGCAAAAGUAUGAUAAGAAGAGGACCAAGAAACCGUCAAAGGUAGCGAGAGUAAAAGUAGCUGCUAAGCUGGGUGAUGCAUCCGCAGCUAAGAAAGGCUCCUUUGCAAACAGGGCUGAAUCUGAACCAAAACUAUCACUAAAGAAUUCUGUAGCAGAUGAAAGUUCUGUCACGGUCAGCAAGCAUGGAAUAUCUCAUACUUGGUUGAAAAACUACUUGCAUCAGUUCAAGAAGGAACUUAUGAAUGAUUUUGAGUCGCUCUUGGAACCUUACAUAGCUGAGCAAAAAAAGAUGAAUGAUCUGAUUACAUCCCUCAAUGCUUCACUCAUUUCUGAAAAAAAUUGUGCUGGAAAGGGUGCAUUAGCAAACUUGAAAGAGCACACUGAGUCUGACCACAACUACUCAGCCUGCGCUGGCAGCCUAAAUGCGCAAGUACACAAGGGACUUUCAAAAGCAAUCUACCGUUCUGAACAGGCUAGGCUUAAGUUUGAUGAGGCUGUGCCUUUGAGUGAGGAUGAAGAAAUGCUACAACCUCGCUCUUAUCUUGAAGAGGGCGAUGAUGACAACCUCAGUAUUUACUCUGGGGAAAUUAGUGUAACUGAAAGUGAAUCGGAUGAAUCCACAGAGGAUUUUGUUGAUGUACCUCUUCCUUCAUGUUUUGAUGUUGUUGCUAUCCAAAAAGGAUCAGCACCCAAAAAAGUCACUAAAGAGAUGAAGCAUAUGAAGACCAGCCUCAAAGUGAAAAUGGGGAAAGUCUCAAACUAUGAUGUGGUUGCAAAAUGUGAAAAGCCUCAACAAAACGCAAACAGUUUUCAGAACAAGAAACCAGAAAUAAAUAGUCAACUGUUGAAGAUGAACCAGUUAACUCCAAAACAGGACAAUCAGCCUAUCAUAAAGUCUCUGAUAGCUCCUAUGGAAUACAACAGUUCCCAUGACACAAUAGAUGGCCAUUUUUCUGACAAUGAAGAUUAUGAUGAAGUUGAAGUGGAAAUUGAGGAGGAUUAUGUGGAAAUUGGGGGGGAGGAGGAGGAGGAAGAAGAAGAAGAAGGAGAGGAGGAGGAGGAAGACGAGGAGGAACAUAAUUGUGAUUGUAACUAUCGUGAAGAGUAUGCUGAAGAGUUUGAUGCUGGAAAAAUCAAAACUAGUGCUGACAGUGAAAAGCAGGUUUCCUCUAGUACAUACCCACGAGCUUUCUUGGACUCAUCUGGCAAUAAUGUUCAUAGGUCAGAUGAGGUGAUCAAACAACAGGAAUAUACUCAGACAAGGAAAAGAUUUGAACAAAAUAACAAUUUGAUAAUGGAUGGAGUGCAGGAAAAAUAUCUCCAGACAGACCUGCCACCCUCUCGACAAAAUGUGGCUCAGUACAACAUGGUAAACUUAACACAUCCUAAUCCACAAAUGGUUUCUAAAGUGCCUGUAUAUUCCGCACAGUCCCGCCAUCAGCCCAUGUUUCUGUUGACUGGCACCACAGCACCUGGCUCUGUGUCAUAUAUGCAAUUUCCAGAAGCUACUACAAUGCCCAAGCACCUGCAGCCAAUGCAGAAGCCUUUGCAGCAGGCUCUUUUGCAGACGCCACCAUCAUUGUUGAAAUUGCCACAGCCAGCUCGGAAAACUCUUCAAACUUUUUCUGCUCAGCGUUUUAUUGAAACUGCCCAAGCUGCUGUUCAAGCUCAGCAUCAGCAGUUUAUUCGAGCUGCCCAUCGAGCAGCGGUUCAGGCUCAGCAGACUCAAGCUGUUGGCUUGUCACAGUCAUUUCUGCAGCAGCGUCAUUCUCCUGCCUCCUUUCAAGAAAACCCAGCAACCGUCAGUGGAAUAAGAGCAACUACAAACAGUCAAACACCAUUCUCUAGAGCUCACGAGCUCAAGCUCUGGAAUGAAGUGGAUCAUGUUGACACUGAACUCCGCAAAUGGGUUCAAAUGUGCAAGCAGCUGAUGGACUCCAUUCCAAAACAUGUAGAUGAUUCUUCCCCAACAAUGCCAGAAUUUCUCAAAAAGUUUGCAAUUACUGCUGGAAAGACUCACCAAGAUUUAGAAAAGGUUUACCAAAACUUUCGGAAAGAAGUAAAGAUGGUUUCAACACAAAUGGACGCACGGAAACAGCUGAAGCUGGAACAAGGAUGUGGUCAAUUAGCUGAUGACCCUAUAGUUAUACUACCAGAGAAGCUCAUGACUAUAAUAUCUGCUACGUUGAAUACAACAUUCAACAUUCUUGGAAAUAUUGCUAAGCUUGGGGUGGCUCCAAGCUCAGUACCGUCAGAGCAAACCAUCACAUCUCCAUCUGCUGAGAAGCCGCAGCCUCAUAAAUCAGCCAAUGCUCCCCAAAUUCCAUCUGAAUUGGGAAACACCAAUAAUGCACGAUUUGGAUUUGCUACGCAAACCAUGCCACCUGGCUUCUAUCAGUCAUACGCUUCGCCACUUUCAAUGUUAGGCAGCGAAAACGCCCCUGUGUGUGGUAUCCUGGCUGAUCCCCUUGCAAACCAAGGAAGAAAAACUCUUACUUACAGAUUGCGUCCAUGUUCCACAUUUGUUGGACAUGCCGGUAACCAAACCUACGUUUGGGGACAUAAUGCUUUUGCCUACAAUACUCCUCAAACCUUGGGCCAGACACCCCAACCACCUCAACAGCAGACUCCGCCCACGAUGCCAAGGCAACUUCCUCAGCAGGUGUCGUCUCAGCUACCGCUACAGCUAGCACUUCAUCAGCAGGCAAUGUCACAAAUGGCUUCAAUUCAGCCUCAACUGCAGCAAAUGCAGCCUCAGUUGCUACAGCCCUUGCAAGCACAGCUUCAGAAAAUUAAUCGGGAGGACAUCUCUGGUAGGCAAUCCAAUCCUCAAGAUAUCAACCGCAUUGAGACCACUUACAAUGGAAUGCAGUUGCAUGAUUUCACCCCAGUUGCAACUGAAACCACGUCUGCAUGUUACCCCAAUUUGAAAACGGUACCAGCUGGUUUCUGCGCAAAAACAUAUGGAGGUAUGAUGAAAAACUGAGAUGCUUGAGGCUCAGACGCUCUUGUGAUCAGUAGAUUGUAAAUGUUGUGAAAUUUUCACACUGUAAGGUACGGCAGACUGGAAAUUAUAUUAAUUGGUUUGGGAGAUAGAGACACUGUAGUCCUAAGAUCUAAAUUGCAUUUUGAAAAUUAGUAUAUCUUAUUUCCAAUAGAUCUGUUUCUAGUGUUGUUUGCUAUCAUUUCUUCAUUUCAAUCUCAGCUAAAUAUUUUGUGGUUUUUUUUUUUAUUUCAACAAAGGAAGUCCCAAGAGCUUAAGCUCUUUUGAAGGAGUUUUCACAUUACAAUUUUUUUUUUCACAGAUGUUGUUAUUCCUUAUUGUCAGUUUGCAAGCAGUUAGUGUUGCAUAAUUUUUUUUGCUUUUGUGUAGUUUUUAAUCUAAAACAGUGAAUACACAGAUCAUGGUUCUUUACAUCACUGGCCAUAUUAUUAGUUGGACUUUCCCUUGUGUGUGUUUUCAGGGCUCUGCCUGUAGAUAUGUCGACUUUACUGUAAGCCAUUCCUUUCUCUUGAGGUCGCUGGAUUCCAUUUUUUUCUUUACUGUAGUCAGAGGAUGUACUUUAUAUUUGCCCCAUUUAACUGUUAAUGGCUAUGUUUUAACAAUAAAGCAGCCAUUGCACACCUGUGUAAGUAGUUGGGAAGUAGCUCCCUUGUAUUGUUAAGCUAUCAUGUUCCCUUUGGGGCCUUUUUUCAUUUAUUGAUUGUUUAUAGUUGGUCUGUAGGAAAUGCCUCUUUGGAUUAUUAGACAUCCCUGUCUUAAACUCAAAGAAAGGCUUCUUUUCUCCUAAUCUAGUCUUAAUUAUCUCAGUGUGCUUUACUAAUUUCUGUUACUCUCUAAAUUUUAUCAAGUAGCACCUCCUUCUGUGUUCUGUUCUACUUUUAACUGUGACAAAACUGACAGCUUUUAAUGUUUAGGAUUGUAUCUAAUUUUUGUGCAUUCUGACCAGUCAGAAAUAAAAUGACCAUAAAACAA